AUGGCUCCCACAAAGAAGGGUGGCAAGAAGAAGGGCCAGUCUGCCAUCAACAAGGUAGUGACCAGAGAAUACAUUAUCAACAUUCACAUGCGCAUCCGUGGAGUGGGUUUCAAGAAGUGUGCCCCUAGGGCACUCAAAGAAAUCCAGAAAUUUUCCUUAAGGGAGAUGGGAACUCCAGAAGUACACAUUGACACCAUGCUCAACAAAGCUGUCUGGGCCAAAGGAAUAAGGAAUCUCCCAUACCAUAUCUGUGUGUGGUUGUCCAGAAAACACAGUGAAGAUGAAGAUUCACCACACAAGCUCUAUAGGUUGGUUACCUAUGUACCUGUCAUCACUUUCCAAAAUCUGUAG